UUUUUUCCCCAAGCAAAACCGUCGUCAGGCGCCACGGAGUCACAGAACCCGGUACCCGCGCCGCAGUCAUGACUACCUUUGAUGACAUCCUGGAGGAGGCUGGCAAGUUCGGCAGAAGCCAGAAGCGCAUAUUUUGUCUGCUGUGCCUGGUAUCCAUGCCCUUCGCUGGGGUCUAUGUGGGCAUCGUGUUCCAGGGCUUCACGCCAGAGCACUGGUGCCAUGACCCAGGCAUGAGCCAGAUUAGCGAGCGCUGCGGCUGGACUCCGCUGGAAGCUCGCCAGUUUAGCGUGCCCCGGGUCAACGUCUCCGCUGGCGCUGGUCACAGCCAGUGCGAGAUGUACGACAAGGAUUGGAACAAUACCGCCUUUAUCUGCGACGACACGGAAGACGGAUUCAGUAACAUCAGCGAUGGCUUCCCCAUCGCAAACUGCAAAUAUGGCUGGGAGUACGACUACGGAGGAAGGAAAUCCUUUGUAACUGAGUUUGACCUGGUUUGUGCUAAUGACUGGUUGGUAGACAUGUUCCAGGCUGCAGUCAAUGCUGGUUUCCUGUUUGGCAGCAUCGUCGUUGGAUAUUUGGCUGACAGAUUCGGGCGGAAAAUGAGCUUUCUGAUGUCCAAUAUUUUCAAUGGGGUCAUAGGGAUUCUUAUGGCAAUUUCCCCAAAUUACGUAUCACUGCUUGUCUUCCGAUUCUUGCAUGGAUUAGGCGUCAAGGGUGGCUGGGUUGCCGGCUAUGUUCUGAUCACUGAGCUGGUGGGUGUGGAGUACAGGAGAACAGUGGGUAUCAUAUACCAGAUGUUCUUCAGCAUCGGACUUCUGAUUCUGCCCCUGAUUGCCUACCUAAUCACCGACUGGCGCUGGCUGCAAGUGGCCUUUUCUGCACCAUACCUCAUCUUCUUGGCCUAUUACUGGUUUAUUCCUGAAUCACCAAGAUGGCUUCUUUCUCAAAAGAACUCAAGACAGGCUGUUAAAAUUACUAAGAAGAUAGCGAAAGAGAACAGGAGAAUCCUUUCCAACAAUAUAGAGACUCUGAAAGAUGAGAACGUAGAGGCGGCAACAGCAUCCUUCGUUGAUUUGAUCAGAACUCCAAAAAUGCGAAAGCAUACCUUCAUUCUUAUGUUCAACUGGUUCACCAGUGCCGUGGUCUACCAAGGACUUGUCAUGCGCUUGGGUAUUCAAGGUGGGAACGUUUAUGUGGAUUUCCUGAUCUCCGCAGUAGUUGAAUUCCCUGCUGCCCUCCUUAUUCUCUUCACAAUCGACCGCAUUGGGCGACGCCUUCCCUUCGUAACGGCUAACGUCACAUCUGGGCUAGCUUGCUUUAUUGUCGCUCUCACACCAGAAGGAAUGUUCUGGUUCAAAACAGCAGUGGCGUGUGUGGGUCGACUGGGCAUCACGAUGACCUUCGAAUUGGUGGCAUUUGUGAACACUGAGUUAUAUCCAACUUUCAUCCGGAACCUGGGCGUGUCUGUGUGCUCCGCACUGUCCGACGUCGGGGGAAUGGUGGCACCGUUCCUGCUCUACAGGCUUUCUGGCAUCUGGCUUGAGUUGCCACUUGUUAUUUUUGGUGUGGUUUCAUUCAUUGCUGGGAUUCUGGUUCUGAUGUUACCUGAAACCAGAGGACUCCCUCUACCGCAAACGAUUGAUGACAUUGAGUUCCCUGACAGGCAGAAAAAAAGCGUCCUGACUGAGCCGCAGGCGAUGAACCUCUUAGACCCAGAAGGUGCAGCCAGCAAAGGGCCUUUCGUGGUUUGAUUGAUCAGCACCAUAAAGAACACCACGGUGUGGUCCCAGCUGCACCUCCGAAAACGGAAUGGCCCUGUCCCACGUGGCAAGAACUGCUCAGGAAAUCAUAGCAACUGAACUUCUGAAUUUGGACACGGUGAAGGUUAGCUGCCUGCGCAAGAAGGUUCCCAACAUCAGCAAGGACCUGACCCACCCAGGACACCGUCUGUUUGUCCCCUUGCCAUCAGGGAAGAGAGAUUGAGCGAACAGCCUUUUCCCCAGAGCAGAAGCUUCCAUCUCCACACCCUCCAUUGUGACUGAGGACUGUAAAGUCCAUUCCUGUUACCUUCUCCCAUUCAUACCUCACAGCUGCUAAUGCACUCCGACAUUUUUAUGCAUUCAUAUCACAUACAGUAAUAUAUGAACAGUGUUUGUAGUAACACACUUGUGGUGGUAAUGAGUAAUGUAACUACCUAUUAAAGUUAAAUAAAGCAACUUAAAGUAGUGAAAUAUAAAUGGGCUCGUUACUUGUUACUUGUGUCUUGCAUGAAAAUAUUAAUGGACAAAUGCAGCCUGUUCCCAUAAUAUUCUGUUUAUGAUCUAACAUCAUCCAACAUUACAGUGGCGCAAUGAAUGGGUGAUAUUACAGGUACAGUGGUAGAUAAAAUGUGACAGUUGUAUUGUCUGGCGUUGUCACAGCAGCAACUCUGCAAUAAUAAAACUACCCUGACAGCA